AUACUAAUUAGUGUGCAGUAAAAAAAUUCACAAGAAUUUUCUUAUAAAGAAUUUUUCGCAUUUUCAAAGUUGUUUUGAUUAACGAAAGUAAAAUGAGUUUAUAAAAAGAGAAUUUUUUACCAAUACCGUAAAUUUACAAAAUAGUUACAAUUAUACAUGAAAUUAUGAUGAUUCUCGCUCUAUGCGUGUAUUUAUAAUUGAGCACGCCAACGGGAAUACAAGUAGAGGAAAAGAAAAAUAGACGUAGUACGUCAAUAGGUGUAUGAACACUGCUCGGUAGGGCAGAAAAUUAUCCGGAGAUUUAUGUGAAUUAUCUAUAAGUCCAUCGCUAGUGUUGAUGACGCCUAAUAAUGGGUGCAAAGGAAUCCAAACAAUCGUGCAUUAAUUACGAAGAUGCAAUUAAAAGAGUAUCAGAAGCUGAAUUCAGACGUCUAAAAGAUGCUUUUAAAAAAUCAGCUGGUGUUGGUCGUUUGUACCUGAGCCGUAAUGCAUUCCAACAAGACGUCCUAUGCGAAGGCGUGCCGGCUAAUGUGACAGAUUUAUUAUACACCGCGUGUGGCGGUACAUCGAAAGGAAUUUCUUUCAAAGAUUUACUUUGCGGCUUAGUAUUGAUAACUAGGGGAACUGAAGAAGAAAAAACAAAAUUUUUAUGGAAUCUAUAUUGUAACGACUCUGGUUCAUAUAUACUGAAGAUCGAUUUUUGCAAAGCUAUUAAUUUGCAUCUACAUGAAAGUGCCUCACUAUUCGCCCAGGCUGAUCGUAUAAAUUUUGAGCAAUUCGAAGCUUGGAUUUUAAGAAAUCGAAACUCUACAGUUCUGGCCAAAUGGCUAUUAUCCGAUAAUUGCAUAAGCUUAACUUCAGAGUUGGAAACGCCAACAUUCUAUCAAAGUUUAGCAGGAGUGACACAUUUGGAAGAAAAAGAUAUUGGCGAUUUAGAGAAAGAGUUUUGGCGCUUGAAGAACUCAUCUCCCAACGGCCAAUUAGAUUUACAGCUUAUAGGGCCUUUGCUCAGUCCUCCAAUACCGAAAAAUGCUCUACUGGGCUUGUUUAAUUCAUUUGAUGAAAAUUGGGAUGGUCACAUUGAUUUUAAAGAAUUGUGCUGUGGCGUUAGUGCAGCUUGUCGUGGCCCAAGUGUAGAGAGAACAAGAUUCUGUUUUAAAAUAUUUGAUGUAGACCGCGACGGUGUUUUAAACUGCAAGGAAACAUUGCAAAUGAUUAAUGUUCUGUUAUUCGUAGCCAAAGAAAAUCGAAACGACGAUAUGUACAAAGAUGUAAACAGGGAAGAAGCUUUAAAAGAUAUUGCAAAUUUUGCGGUCAAAAACAGUGGACAACAGCCUCAAACCGAGAUAAACGAGGAAAAAAAUUCAGUGAAUGAAUUCAAUGUCAGUUUAACAGCCGAGGACUUUAUGAUGUGGAAUGUGGAAAGCAAUUUGAAGUUGUUGCAACCAUUCUUGGAUUUGAUAUUCGAAGUGUGUCAUAUUGUGUUUGGUCUGUGGCCUCAAUGCCGCCACAUGGAGUGUGAUAUAGUGCGUGGUUGGCUUGAACGAGAGGAAAAACGGAAAUACCGUGUCGGUCAAUUUUGGUAUUUGGUAUCACGUGAUUGGUGGUUGAAUUGGUUGCAAUAUACAAGCAAUACCACCAACUAUUGCGAUUAUUGCAAACGGUCGAACGCUGGCCAACGUGGUUCAAAUUUUAAUUGCGGCAUAGAUGAGGCUUUAGUAUGCGACGAAAGUUUCAACACUAAUUCUUUGGAGUCUGUUGGUGACCAAAUUAUAAUAGCUGAUAAUUGCAGCUUGGGAUCCGCAAGCAGUGGCAUUUCUACUGGUCGACAUUUAGGCUCUCGUCCUGGCCCCAUAGAUAACAUGAGUCUAGUAACACCAAACCAGUAUAAAAAUGUGCGCACACUUACUGGUGAAGGUGGCCAUUUGAAGAAAGAUUGUCCUUUAGUACAAAAUCAUGACUUUGAAUUAGUACCCAAAUCUUUAUGGAAAGCCUUGAAUCGUUGGUAUGGCGACAAUUUGCCGUUGCCCCGACAGGUCAUACAACCACCUAAUUCGCCUGAUGUUGAAUUGGAAUUAUAUCCCUUACAUUUAAGAAUAUUAUUACACCAAAACAUACCGCAAAAUCAAUCGGUCAAUAAUUGGGGAUCGGUGUCAGGAGGUUAUGGUGUUAUGGCUACAAGUGGCGGUUUUGCUGCUAUUUCGGCCUCCAGUGUUUUGCAGCCACCUAAACGCUAUUUGGCCUACACAGCUGCUUUCAGUCGAUUAGCUACAGUGCAACAGGUAGGCACGUUUCUAUGUGAACAAUUGCGUUUACGAACGGAAGACGUACGUUUGUGGCAUAUACCUCAAGGCUCUCUCGACAAUAGUGCUAUUCUGUUGGAAGAGGACAGCAUGAUGUUGAAAGAACUUUUAAUUAAAGAUAACGAUCAAGUACUUUUGGAAAUACGGAAUAAAGAUCAAACUUGGCCCGAAGAAUUAGGAUCACUAACCCUAACUCAGUCGGGUGGUAAUAGCAUAAUUAAUGAUCGCCGCCUUACACGUACCUCAAUUAUGUCCGUACAGGUGCCUGGUGCAACCGGUUUGCAUAACUUAGGAAAUACUUGCUUUAUGAAUGCUGCUUUGCAAGUUUUAUUCAACACUCAACCGUUGGCGCAGUACUUCCGUCGGAACAUGCAUAUGUUUGAAUUAAAUACUACAAAUAAGUUGGGAACGCGUGGCCAUUUAGCCACGCGUUAUGGAGAACUGUUAAAAGAAGUUUGGAGUGCUACCACUAGAUCUGUGGCACCUCUGAAAUUGCGAUUUUGCGUUACCAAGCAUGCGCCCCAGUUUGCCGGAGGUGGACAGCACGACUCCCAGGAAUUACUUGAAUGGUUUUUAGAUGCUUUACAUGAGGACUUAAACCGUGUUAUGGAUAAACCGUACAGCGAACUUCGAGAUUCCAAUGGUAGACCAGAUAAAAUUGUUGCUGCCGAGGCCUGGGCACAGCAUCACGCACGCAAUCAAUCAAUAAUUAUUGAUUUGUUCUAUGGUCAAUUGAAAUCCAAAGUCAGUUGUUUGUGUUGCGGUCGCGAAUCCGUGCGCUUUGAUCCCUUCAGUCUACUCAGUUUGCCUUUGCCUGUAGAAAAUUACAUUUACUUUGAAGUGCUAGUUAUGCUUUUAGAUGGUUCUAUACCCACUAAGUAUGGUUUACGUUUGAAUUCAGAAUCUAAAUAUUUUGACGUGAAACGACAACUUGCCCCAUAUUGCCAUCUAAAUCCUAACUUCAUGUUAAUUUGUGAAGUUUGGAAUUCACAAAUAAGGCACGUAUUCUCGGAUGACGAAAAAAUACGAUCUUCUUCAGCCAAAGAACUUUACGUUUACCAACUGCCAGAGGAAAGUUCGGAUCGUUCAAGAUCCAGCUCGACAUUGGCUGUUAAUAUAGAAAAAGGUCUUAAGGACAUACAAAGGAAUUCAGUUAUUUUGACUACACAAGAUUUUUAUCCUUCUUUGAAUAUGCUCACCACCGCUACCAAUAACAAUAAUAAUAAUAUCAAUAACAAUAAUAUUAACAACGCCUCCAAUGUUACAAAUGCGAAUAACUGUACAUUAACAACAACAGCAAUAAAUGCUAAUGAUAAACAUAACGUCAUCCCUCCUUUGAAUGUUGACGAUGACGAGUCACUGCCAGUUGAUACAACAGCAGUAACCACGAUAGCAUCUAUACCAACUAAGUGUUAUCAAAACAAACUAAAUAGUGUGCCAAAUACUAUUUGUAUUGCUGCAGAUGAUGAAGAUGAAGAAGACGAAGAUGUGCAGGUACCAACGAAGGUAAGGCGGUGCUUUGGAAACACUAUGUGCAUGCCACAGAAUCUUUUGUGCUUCAAGCAUUCGCCCCAUUUAAGCCGCAGUCCAGAAGAUGUAUUUGUUAAUUGCACUUUACGAAAACGUAUAUCCGCCUCAAAGUUAUUAAGCAAAGCUGAGUCAACAGCAACAACAACAUCUAUACAUUCCCAAGAAAAUUCCCUAGAAAGUUGCAAUGAUGAAGCAGUAGUUAGCGGUGAUGAAUUACAUGAAAGCUUUAGACGUAUGAGCGAUUGUCCUUGUCGGCUCAAUGUGGACGAUGAUGAUAAACAAAAGUAUAUAUCGCACGAUUUACACCCAGAAAGUGUAAAUUAUUUGCCGCCUAUUAAUUCUAUAGCUGAUGUUGGCAACGGUGUGUUUUCACGAGUACCAUCACAACAUUUCAAAGUUGGUAAAUAUUUAGUGGCUGUACAUCGUAAAAUAACCCGCCAGGACAGUUACUUUUUGUCCCAUCAUAAAACUCGACCGAGCAUAUUCGGUAUACCGUUAAUUAUACCAAAUUUAGAAGGUGGCACUCACAAGGAUUUGUAUUGCGCGGUGUGGCUACAAGUGAGCCGUCUCUUAAGCCCCCUGCCAGCAUCUACAGAUCAGGCAAAUCAUGCAGCUGAUUGUGACGACAGUCUGGGAUAUGAUUUUCCUUUCUCUUUGCGCGCCGUAAAAUGUGAUGGUUUAACUUGCGCACUAUGUUCUUGGUCGAACUUUUGCCGUGGCUGCGAAAUACCUUGUAACAAUGAUUACGUUUUACAAGGCCUUUUAUUCAGUAACAGCAAUUUGAAUACAAGUAACAAUUCCACACCAAAACUGCUAACAAAAUAUUCAGAUUCCAUGCCUAAUUUAGAAGGUAAAAAAACCUAUGAUCGAGAUUCUGUACAAUCGCAAUCACUUGUGCCGAAAAAUAAUGAGAAUUUCACGAUUGCUAUUGAUUGGGAUCCAACGGCUUUACAUUUAAGAUAUCAAUGUACCUUGGAGAGACUUUGGAUAGAUCAUGAGACUGUAGCCAUAUGCCGUAAAGAACAAAUUGAGCCUGUGGAUUUGAAUCAUUGCUUAAAAGCUUUCACAUCGGAGGAAAAAUUAGAGCAAUGGUAUCACUGCGGCCAUUGCAGAGGCAAAAAGCCAGCUACUAAAAAAUUACAAAUAUGGAAACUACCACCGAUACUGAUUGUGCACUUGAAACGUUUCAAUUGUGUUAAUGGAAAGUGGGUGAAAUCCCAGAAAGUGGUCCAUUUCCCAUUCGAUAAUUUUGAUCCUACGCCAUAUCUAGCUGCUGUGCCUCAAGAAACUGUAUUACGACAUCGUGAGUUACAAGAAAUACGAGUAGUUACGGAAUCUGUUCCUGAAGAGAAUGAGUUAAUGGAAUCUACGAACGAAGAAUUUCCUAUCGAAGGGCUCACUGCACAAGAAAGUCAAGGCAACAUUAACGGCAACGAAUCUGCUUCGAUUAGCGACCUAAUUAUAAAGCAUGGCCAACUAUCGGAUGUGAAUAAUGAACAAGUCAACAAUAUCAUUAAUUUACAAAAUCAAACACAACUUUUAGAUAAUUGUAGUAAUAUUGUAGGAUGCCUUAACGAUUCGAUUACCAUUAAUAGAAAGGUGGAAGAUAAUCAAAAAAUUGAAAACGGCCAAGAGAAGGUGCUUGAUAACGUUUCAGCUAUGAUGGCAAAUAAUCUACAAAGCAACGAUGAAAUCGAAGACACUCAAACAAUGACUCGACGAAGACGUUUAAUUUCCACAAGUCUUACGAAGACGCCUAUAAUCGAUGGAGCUUUCGAAGAUUUUCAUCAACACAAAUUAAGGGCGGGCGAAGAUAAUUUUGAUCCUAAAUAUAGAUUGUAUGCUGUGGUGUCGCAUUCUGGUAUGUUGAAUGGCGGCCAUUAUGUUUCAUAUGCUGCCAAUACCAAUGGCAAUUGGUAUUGUUACAAUGACAGCUCUUGUCGGGAAAUUUCCAGUCAACCGAAUAUUGAUCCUAGCUCGGCAUAUUUAUUAUUUUAUGAACGCAAGGGUCUCGAUUAUGAGCCUUACUUGCCUAAUAUAGAAGGUAAAGCGAUACAUAACGGUGGUUUGAGUAUCCUCGAUAUCGAUGAAACUGAAAAUGAUCUGAAAAAAAUGUGCGCAAUAUCAUAAGAAAAAACAUUCAUGUAAAGAAGCGAAGUGCAAAUCAUUUUGGCUUUUUGCCUUGCCUAGUGACUUCCGUCAUUAUCUACUUUUUUAAAUAAUUUUUUAGCUGAAUUUACUUUUUCUUUUCUGUUUUAAUUAUACUUUAUAUAGGUAUUUAUAAAAUCUUUUUCAAGUGCAAUAUAAACAUGGUCACCAACCAGCUUUAAAAAGCUAAAUAUUGAUAAUCGCAAACUUUCUACAAGAAACGCAAAAAAAAAUUUAAAAUAAAAAUUAUUUUCCCAUCCGAACAAAAAGUUUGAUAUGAGGAAAACGUUACAAAUACUAACAAUUGUAUUAAUUAAAAGUAGCCAACAUAGAAUAACUUUUCGCUUUUACAUUGCAUGCACGCUGCUUUAUGUUCCCAUGAUUUCAUUUAUGAUCUUGUUGGAACUUGAGCUUAAAAAGUCUCCUAGACUUCUACACAAAGAUAACCAAAAGUAAUUAUUGCACUGAAAUUUCAACAAAAGCGAUACUAAAGAUUUAUAUUAAAUUUAAGAAAUCGAUUGUUUUUUUUUUUUUUUUUUUUUUUGUUUGGAUUAUUCUUAUUAUUAUUAUUAGUCAAUCAAAAAAUUGUAGUAAUAUUGUAGAACAAAAUGGUGUAACAAUUAAAAGCUAGGAUUUGUUAAUGGAACGAUUAAAGUAUAUAUAGUGGGUGGUUUUUGUAUAUGUUUAAACGAGAAAGGGUAUUGUCAAUAUUUGAUAAAACAAUCGAACAUCUACACAUAUUUUGAUAUUAUUUAUUGCUUUUAGUGUCUGUUACAGAACAAUAAUAAUUAGAAGAAAAAAAAGGAAAAGAGAUAAGGAUUGUAGACAAAGAACUUUUGUGCUUAGCAUUUAAAAUGUAAGUAAUAAUCAUAAAAAAAAAAAACCGCCAUUUACAAUUCUAUGUCAUUAUGUUUUUUGUAUUUUGCUUUAAUAAUGAUGACCUAUAGUCGCGGAAUUCUAGAUGUAAAAUAAAAUAUAUUGUUUGCUUUCCCUAUUAUGUACAAUAAAAACAUUUAAAUCACAUAUGUCUACAAUAAAAACAAAACCAAAUUUAACAGCGGUACACGAAACGUUUGUUGUUGAUUAAUAAAGAUUAUUACAAUUAAUAGACUUAUGUAUCGUAUGUAUAUUUAAAACG